AUGAGAGAAGAAAGAGAGGGAAUAGAAUUAGAAUCAUUAUCAACGGAAAUCGAAAGAGAUAGAUCUAUAGAUCGUAUUACAGAGACAACAGCUGAUAAAGCUGAUUCAGAAAUGUCAACUACAACAACCACUACAACGACGACAACGACGACAAACACAACACAAUCAUCACCAUCGAGGAUUAAUACCACUACCACCAACACGAAUAACAACAACUACAGCAAUACAACUACAAAAUUAUCAACUUCAAAUUCAAAUUUAAAUUUAAAUUCAACAAUAACUACACCACCAUCAUAUUAUACUUCAAAUUCAAAUGGUGGUGUAGUUCGUGCACCUUCGAUGGAGAAGGAAGAAUGGGAACUUACCUAUGAGGAAAAGAAAGAGAUUUUUAGAAUUCUAUUGGAGGAACACAGAAAAUACGAACAUAUCACUGAUGAAUACUUGGAUUCAGUGGCAGCGGAACAACAGAAGAAAUAUGAACAAGACUAUGCUAGCAAGCAUACCAACAAUAGCAAUAGCAGCAACGACUUUCCAACAACCAUAUCAAACCUACGCGCAAAACUCAAUCCAAUCAAUCUAUUUCAGAAUGCAGGUCUCUCAAUACUCAAUAGGACAAACAUCGAUAUGAAAACAAUAACAGAGGAAAGAAUAGAACAGAAUAGAAUAUUCAAAAUACAAUUUAUACCUUCACUCAAUCAUAUCCUUCAUGAUCCAUCUAGUAACAUCUGUUAA